AUGGCGGCGGCAGCGGCGGCAGCGUUGCGCCGCAGCCGCCGGAAGCGGCAGGCUGCACGGCACCCCGCGGCGGCGGCAGCGCAGGCUGCGGCGGCGUUUGAGGCGGCGGGCUGGUCGCGGCGUGAGGUGCUCAACGUGCCCAACGUGCUGUCCAUGCUGCGCCUGCUGUCCGGCCCCGUCAUUGCCAGCUGGAUCCUGAGCGGGCAGGCAAGGGGACACGCCCGCGGCGGCGCCGGCGGCUGGUCGCUGGCGGUGCCUGCGCUGGCUGUGUCUGGCGCCACCGACUGGGCCGACGGCUACGCAGCGCGCCGCCUCAACCAGCCCUCUGUCAUCGGCUCCUACCUCGACCCCCUGGCAGACAAAGUGCUGAUCUGCAGCGUGGUGGCGGCGCUGGGGUGGUCGGGCACGCUGCCUGCCCCGGUGGUGGCGAUUGUGGUGGGGCGUGACGUGGUGCUGGUGGCGGGCGCCUUUGUGGCACGCGCCAAGUCGCUAGGCUGGCGCUGGCCCGGCUGGGCGGAGUUCUUCAGGGUGCAUCCUGCGGCGGCAGCCGCGGCGCCAGCGCCCGGCAGCGACGGCAGCGGCAGCGGCAGCGGCGAUGGCGGAAGUGCGCUGUCGGCGGCAGCUCCGGCAGCGGGGCCGUCAGCGGCAGGCGGAGGGGGAGCGGCAGGAGGGCAGCCGGCAGCAGCAGCGGGGGCGGCGGGCGCGGCAGGGGCCAGCGGUGGAGGAGGGCGGCCGGCCCGCGGCGGUCCGGCCCCCGCGGCGCCGCUAGUGCAGCCGCUGUACAUCAGCAAGGUCAACACAGUGCUGCAGCUGGGCCUGGUGGGCACCUGCAUGCUGCGCGCGUGGCUAGGGUGGCCCGGCGAGGCGGCGGUGUGGGCAGGCAGCGGCCUGACCGCGGCCACCACCAUCUGGAGCAGCUGGGCCUACCUGCAGGCCUACCGGCAGGGCAGGGUGCUGGCGCCCGCGCCACCGCCGCGCUGA